CGAGUACCGCUUUUCCAUUGCAGGAACACCCCUGUGGGUAUUUUUUUGCAGCAACACGGGAACCUUGGCUUCCAGAUUUGCUUCGUUACACUGCACCGGGGAUGAAACUUUUGUGAGAGUCGAUUCUGGAGUCGCUCUCAGUCUCACUUUUUUCCCUACUGGAUCCAACAGACUUAUUGACUGCACAACAACCGACAGACUUCAGUUUUAUUAGACCACAAAACCAUUGUAUUCAGCAGCCGUCAUGUCCGAACCCAAGAACAAGCGUCAAAAGCGCGAGGAUUACCGUGCCGCCCUCCGCGCCAAUGGAGUCACUGAGCUGCCGCGCAAGAAGUUCUACCGUCAGAGGGCCCAUGCCAACCCUUUCUCUGAUCACUCUUUGAUUUAUCCCCCUACGCCAGAGCAGAUGGAUUGGGCUUCUCUCUAUCCUCAUUAUGCAGUUGAAGAGCCGAUUGCGCAAAAGACCGAGACAACUGAGUUCGAGGAAACCACGGGUCAAGAGUUGUCGGCUCCUGCCAUCAGGAAGUUGACCAAGCAGGUUGAGGUUGCAGAUAUUGGCUGCGGUUUCGGUGGUCUGCUCAUAGCUCUGGCUCCCGUACUUCCCGAGACUCUUGUUCUAGGCCUGGAGAUUCGUGUCUCGGUAACACAGUUUGUGGAAGACAGAAUCAAAGCCCUGCGUGUACAAAACGAGGAGCAAAAGCUGUACCGCAACAUUGCCGUACUGCGCGCCAACACGAUGAAGUUUAUGCCCAACUUUUUCAACAAGGGCCAACUGAACAAGAUCUUCAUCUGCUUCCCGGAUCCGCACUUCAAGGCGCGCAAGCACAAGCAGAGAAUUGUUUCCACGACGCUCAACUCAGAGUACGCGUACGUGCUGCGCCCCGGCGGCAUUGUGUAUACCAUCACGGAUGUGCCCGACCUGCACGAGUGGAUGGUUGGACACUUCAACGCGCACCCGGCCUUUGAAAGGGUGUCGGUAGAGGAGCAGGAGGCUGAUCCGCUAGUCGAGAUUAUGCGCAACGAGACUGAAGAAGGGAAGAAGGUGACCAGGCAUAAUGGGCAGAAGCAUGUUGCUCUUUUCAGGAGGCUGGAGGAUCCUCAGUGGCCAGAGGAUGUUUCUGCUUGAGCGCGCUCUGGGACAUGGAAGAGAGGCUAUGGAUGUGGACAAAAUGCACAAUGUUGGUGAUACCCACGUUGAUUGGGCUACUACGAGAGUAAAGUACCUCGAGGUGGAAGCCUUCCUAUAUGGCGCCCUGUGCUGGGGUAUGAUGUCCGGUGUUCACGAUAUGGUGAUGGUGAAGCGGCAUGUCUCUACAGUAAAUGACCCCAACUGACCCCCACCCGGGUUACGGACAAGAUGACAUGUAACUUUGCGCGUAAAAUACAGAAACUCGACGGUGG